AUGACCAAAAAUGUGUUAAUCACGUGUCGCAAUCUCGGAUUAACAGAUCAUUCAUCGAAUGUCGGUUCCACCCGCUCACCGGAUUACUUAUCUAAUGCUGCAGGUUCGAGUAAUCUACUUUCACGUUUGGAUGGGUUAAAUGCCUGCUCUGGGGCCGGUGUUGCUGCCAGCGGUGGUGGUCCGGGAUCACGUAUCGGGAACGGGACCGGAAUCGGAGUGGGCGAUAGUCGUAAGAAAGGUCUUGCACGAAGUCUGUCCACCGCCUCGUCGUCUUCUUCAUCCUCUUCGUCAUCACCUUUGUCCCCACCGUCGUUGAUCAAUUCACCCGCGCGUAUGGUCGAUUCCACGCGUAGUUCCAGUCGUCUGAGCAAUAUGGGCCGUACUAAACGUAACGGACUCGGAGAUACCACAGCCGGAUCAGAACUGGACAGUCAGAUAGCCUCAUUCUGGGGUUCAACUUUCGCUGACCUCCUUAACGGUUCCUCCGGUGCCGGUGAGGAGGAGAUGACCAUGAGCCGAACAUCUUCACGGGAUCUGAAUGCGAAUUUGGCAAGCACCACCUUGAGACCGACGUUGUCCAGUGCACUGGUGAGCAAGUGGUCACUUGUUUCACGUCGUUUCGUCCGAUUGUCCAGUGGGGCACUAACGACUCACUUCUGA